AUGUGCCAAACGCCUCUGCACGGGUUUCUCGCGGCCCUGCCGAAAUGCGAGCAUCACCUACACCUUGAGGGCACGCUCGAGCCGGAGCUCCUCUUCCAGCUCGCAGCCAAGAACAACAUCACGCUGCCCGCCUCCAAGGACGCGGCCUUCGCGUCCAUCGCGUCGCUCAAGGACCGCUACCAGCGGUUCCAGAACCUCGACGACUUCCUCGGCUACUACUACAUCGCCAUGUCGGCGCUCCUCGACGCCGGCGACUUCGAAGCCUUGGCCUACGCCUACUUCGCCAAGGCGGCGUCGCAGAACGUGCGCCACGCCGAGGUCUUCUUCGACCCGCAGGCGCACACGGAGCGCGGCGUCGCCUUCGCCACCGUCGUGGCCGGCUUCAAGCGCGCCCAGGCCCGCGCGACCGCCGACUUCGGCAUCACCACCGAGCUGAUCAUGUGUCUGCUCAAGCACCUGCCGCUCGCGGAGGCGAUGUCGACGUUUGCGCAGGCGCGCGACGGCGGCUACUUCAAAGACGGCACCCUCGCCGCCAUCGGCAUGGACUCGUCCGAGCUGCCCUUCCCGCCGCCCAUGUGGCGCGACCUGUACGACGCUGCCGCCGCGGCCGGCAUCCGGCGGACGGUGCACGCCGGCGAGGAGGGCCCGGCAUCGUACAUGACGCAGGCGCUGGACAUACUGAACGCGCAACGCAUCGACCACGGCAUCCGGGCCUUCCUCGACGGGGACGAGGCGCUGGUUGCGCGGCUGGCGCGCGAGGGCACGCUGCUGACGGCGUGCCCACUAUCAAAUAUCAAACUGCAGUGCAUCUCGUCGAUGAAGGAGUUCCCGCUGAGGAAGAUGCUGGAUGCUGGGGUUAGGUUCAGCAUUAACAGUGACGACCCGGCGUACUUUGGGGGGUAUAUACUGGAGAACUACUGCGCGCUGCAGGAGACGUUUGGGCUGAGCGUGCGGGAGUGGGAGGGCAUUGCGAAGGGGGCGGUUCAGGGGAGUUGGUGCGCUGAUGAGCGGAAGGCCGAGAUACUGGCCGAGAUUGAGGACGUUGUUGGCAAGUGGUCAUGA